AUGGAGGGUGCGAAGCGUGUACCGUGGCUUUACAAUUUUCGCUCUUCGGAGACGUUCAUUGUUCUUGUGGUUUCCAUUGCGAUUUUUACCGAUGUGUUUAUCUAUGGGAUGAUCGUACCAAUUGUUCCAAUUGCAUUGGUUAAACGUGCCGGUGCUCGUGAAGAAGAAGCUCAGUCGUGGGUCUCAAUAUUACUCGCCGUCUACGGAGCCACUCUCCUCGUGGGAUCGCCAUUAUUCGGAUAUUUCGCCGAUCACUGUCGCCUCCGAAGACUCCCCUUUGUCAUUGGCCUGAUUGCCCUGGCAGCUUCUACUGGACUCUUUGUCGUUGCCCGGUCGUUACCGGUCCUCAUCCUCGCGAGAGGGCUACAGGGAUUCUCCGGAGCCGCGGUGUGGGUAGUUGGUCUUGCUAUUAUCGCUGACAAUGUACCACCAGAUCGUGUCGCGGAGGCGAUGGGUCAUACAUCGAUUGCGUUGACAUGGGGUGCACUUUUAGGUCCGACUAUCGGGGGUGUGAUGUAUGAGAAGUUAGGCUUUUACGGGACGUUUGCUAUUCCGACUGGAUUGAUUAUCGUGGACGUGGUGCUGCGAUUCGCGAUGAUUGAGGAGUCAGGAGCUAUUCAACCCGACAAGACUGGUCUGGACUCAGGCAUGGAUGGGUAUCGGAGUCCUCUGUAUGGCACGUUUAUACGCCAGGACGAUGAAUACUCGGGAUACUUCUCAUCAGGCGAAGACACCGCCAGCGAGCAAGGCCCUCUUAUCAGAACUUCGAAUCCUUGCUUCGACCACCCGCGCCUGGUACACGAAAAGCAUGCUACGGUGUUCGAUCUCCUCCGGACCCCGCGUUUACCCCUUGCAUUGAUCGCGACAGUAGUUAUGGCAAUUAUAUUCUCCGCUCUGGAAACAACCCUCCCCUUAUUCGUCAUGGACACAUUCAAAUGGUCAUCCAGCGGCGCAGGCUUAAUAUUCGCAACAAGCGCAAUCCCCAGUUUCGCAGGUGUGCACGUCGGCAAAUUAAUCAGUCGCACUGGCGCCCGUAUCCCAGGACUAUUCGCAUUCACAAUCGCAUCAAUAUCAUGGAUAUCAAUGCGCUUCGUGAACAGCAACACUCCCGCCGAUAUCGCCCUUCUCAUCAUCCUUUUACUGGUCCAGGGUCUGUCGAUUGUAUUCGUGGAAAUCACCGCAAUGACGGAAGUUUCGCAGGCAGUUGAUGACUACGAGAUUGAGUUCCCUGGCGCUUUUGGCGAGAAGAGUCCCGUUGCGCAGGCUUAUGCUUUGUUUAAUAUGGCGUUUGCGGGGGGUCAGUUGCUGGGUCCUAUUUUGGCGGGUGGGAUUCGGGUUUGGGCUGGCUGGGAUAGUAUGACGUUGGUUAUUGGGCUUGUGUGUGGUUUUACGGCUAUACCGAUGGGGUUGUAUAGUGGUGCGCCGUUGAGGGAUACGGAGAGUUCGUGGGAUGAUGGAGUAUAA